GAAGGCAUUUCUUGCAAUACGUCGUAAAAAGUCUACCAUUUACCUUACCGUUGAGGAAACAGAUACGGUUCUAGAAGUGAAAAAGCAGCUUCAGGGUAUUCUGAAAGUCGCUCCUGAGGAUCAAAACCUUUUGUACCAAUCAACCUCAAUGAUGGAUCAAAAAACCCUCGCUUUCUAUGGAAUCAAUGAUCUGUCCGCUCGCGCGCAUAAUCCUGCUGUUAUUGGUCUUUGUUAUCGUGAUGCAAAUGGCCAUUUUGAACAAGUUGAUAUAACACCGUACUCGAAACCUCCUGAAAUGCCAGAAGUAAUGCGUUGUCAGGAAAACCAACCACCAAGACCUGCGGUUUCGGCCGCUGGUUCUUCAACAGAAGCGGCUGCUUCACGACCUUAA